AUAUCUCUGGUUGGGUUAUAUUUUGAUUUUUGAUUCAGUUAUAAAUAUCAAAUGGAUAUUGAAAAACGUUUAUUAACUUGUUAUAAAGUAUAUCAAACAUUUGAUAACGUUUUAAAUUCAUAUGUAUCCGAUUAUUAUGUAGAUAAUCACUGGAAUAAGUUAUCCACAUCAUGGAGCAAUUAUUUUGAAGAAAUUAAAAUAGGUGAAUUAAGUGAUCUCUUAAAUUUAUCUAAGCCAUUAAAUGGGAUUAUACAUCCCCUAACUCUGCUUUGUUUGCGUUGUGUAAUUGACAAUUAUACUCUUUCGAGGACAAGAGCAGAUUUUCCAGCAGAAAUUUCUCCAUUUGAAGACAAUAAAAAUUUUAUGAAUUUUUUCUGGAAAAACGUGAAGUUGAAGAAAAGACAUGAAAUUGAUGUUAUGGCAAAAUUAUGUUACAGACUAGCUAAAGAAACGAACUGUUUUCAUAUUGUAGAUAUUGGUUCAGGUGUGGGACAUUUAAGUCGAAUGCUUUCAUAUGGUUAUGGUAUUAAGGUGUGUACUGUUGAAGCUGUAGAUGCUUUCACAAAGCUAGCAGAAAUAAUGGAUAGUAAUUUUGAAAAUGUUUUAACUAAACGAAAAAUUAGUCACAGGAAUAUUUUUAAAACUGUGCAUGUAAAUAAAAGAAUUACAAAUGAUUUAAAUGCUCAAGACUUUUUGAGAAUAGUGCAAAAUGCUUUCAAUAAUAAAAAUGUUAAAUUUGGAAUUGUAGGACUUCAUCCAUGCGGGGAUCUUGGUGCCACACUUCUUAGACUGUAUACAGAAUGCCCUAAUAUAGUUUUUAUUAAUAUUGCUAGUUGUUGUUAUAUGAAAAUUACUUUAAACCCCACAAAUGAAGCUUGUUUUCCAUUAAGUACCUUUUGUAAAACACAAAACAUUGUUCUAUCAUAUUUAGUAUGUGAGAUAGCUUGCCAUGCUAUAGAAAAUUACUCAGAAAAAUUAAGGAAUGAUGCUGAAUAUAAAAAACUUAAAAUCCAUGCAUAUAGAGCUGCCUUAGAAGAAAUUUUAACAUCAGUUGAUCCCGGAUUAAAACAUUCUAUAGUAGGCAGUGUUAAGUGUAGUAAUGAUUUAACUUUUGUUGACUAUGUGAAAAAAAUCUGUGAUAAUAAUAAUUUACCUACUCUUCCAGAUGAAAAGGUGAUAUUUUAUGAAGAUUAUAUAAACACAACAUGGAGAAAAGUUGUUUCAUUUUAUUCUAUCAGAUUAUUAUUAGCUCCAUUGGUUGAGAAUAUUAUUUUAUUAGAUAGGUGGCUUUAUGUACUAGAAAAUGGCAGUGAAUGUAAGAUACUACCUUUAUUUGAUUGUAAUAUUUCUCCAAGGAAUCUAGUUUUAUCAGCCAAUAAAAGAAAAUAUGCAUAA